AUGCCCGACGUUGGUGCUUUGUGCCGCUGUCUUACGUCUGCCCCCACCAGGUACCACAAGCUGGCAUUCAUAGUGGUGGUGGACAAGGAGAACCUCACGCAAAUUGCGAUGCAGGCGCUGUUGGAAACCGAGAGGCACGAAUCCUUCGUUUUCUCGAUGGAGUCCUUCAAGAAGCUCAUCCGCGGAAGCAGCCCACAGGUGAUCUUCACGGACACAGAUCAGUCAGAGAUGUCGGCCAUCGCGCAGGUCUUUCCGGGGGCGCUAAACAAGCUGUGCUACUGGCACACGGAGCAGAACGUGAAGGAGCAUGGGAAGGGACUUCCGCAGGCUGUCAUCCAGGGAGUGCUGCGAAAGUUCAAGGCAGCGGCAUACGCGCCAACGGUCGGGGCUUUCGUCGAGGCAAUAACGGAGCUCCUCGCGAUGUUGGACCCGGAGAGCAGAAUGUUUUAAGUACAUGGCAGGAGACAUCUUCAGCCCAGGGCGGGCUGGCAGGUGGGCGGCAUUUGUCCACCCUGGGCUUCACACCCUCGGCAUUGCCUCCACGCAGCGGGUGGAAUCCAUGAACUGCGCCUUCAAGAAGCUGGUGACCAGUACGGGAGACUUGUUCGAUCUUGACCGUGCCAUCGUAGGCAAGGUUAGCGAUGGCAAGAUCAAGGCCGAAAGGUGGGAUGGCAUGUACUUGCGGCCCCGUGUGUCAGGGACAGCCCAUGGCAAGUGACGGUGGUGCGCCCUUCUAUGUAGAGGAUACUGGCGGGUGCGAGGACGUCGCAUCUGGCGGAACCGAGCUCGUCUAUGGCCUGCCUUGCCCGCAUGGCUUGAAGUCCAUGUUCGACACCGGCCACAGGACAUUCAACGGAGCGUCGAUUGCGCCCCGGUGGCGUGACAGUCUCACGCCAUGGACGUUGGAGGGGCUGGCCGCGAUGUCUGCCAUGCUGGACCUCGACGCCGCCGACUGUCCCGUGCAGCUGCUGCCCUCAACCUCAACGCCGACGACACGUCCCACUCAAGCACGAACGUGCAAGCAGCCGCCUACGCGAACGGUGUCUCCUUCGGAAAAGACAUGGGUGUCCUUCUCCGAGAUGUCGCUACUCUGGACGGCAUCGAUUGCGUCUGGGAGAGCACGAAGGUCUUCUUCAAGCAGCAACUAGAGGUGGAGAAGAGAUCG